CAAGUAUCUGGUGUUCAAACGAGCAGCUGUCGCGUCCCAGCUCCUAUCUCGAAUUGAUGAUUACCACCGGCCGAAGAUGAAGACGAGGCCGAGUGUAGCCUCGGUAUCUACCAUCUGGAGAAUGGUAUUUCAAGACCUUGCAGGCCCAGACUAUGCUCUCAUGUUGUGAAUGACUCUGGCUCGAGUCUAGCAAAAAUCCCUAGGUAUCCGAUUCAGCCUUCAAAAUCCUCAGAAAUGGCCGCCGAAUGGGAGAUCAUAAGAGACGAGUGUCAAAAGCGUCGUCGAGAUGCGAUCCCUACCGACUUCCUGCUUCACGAAAACCAUGUCAAAAACCUCCCAAAGAACCGCUCGACUGUGGUGGAGACUACUGGUCACUUUACGGAUACUGAGAUUGAAAUCGUCAAUGCUCCCGCUCGGAAAAUCGUCGCCAAUAUCAAAGAGGGAACUUGGACUGCCGUAGGCGUCACGCGAGCUUUCUGCAAGUCCGCCGCCGUGGCACAGCAGCUGACCAAUUGCCUGACCGAGGUGUUUUUCGACGACGCUCUCCGCCGGGCACAGUUCCUUGAUGAUUACCAACGCGAACACAAACGACUCAUUGGCCCCUUCCACGGCCUACCAAUCUCUCUGAAGGACAGCUUCUUCCUCGCUCCCUAUCCGACCUCCAUAGCGGUGGCCAAGUUGGCGAGGGAGCCCACCAUGACCACCGCACCAUUGUGUCAAGUGUUGCACGACCUCGGUGCCAUCUUCUACGUCAAGACCAACGUACCCAUGACGAUGAUGGCGUGCGAGACCGUCAACAACAUCUGGGGCGAAGCCGUCAACCCGUGGGGCUUCACCCCGGGAGGUAGUUCGGGCGGAGAAGGCGCACUCGUCUCCAUGAAGGGCUCCCCGUUGGGUAUAGGCACGGAUCUGGGAGGCAGCAUCCGCAUUCCGUCGGGGUGGUGUGGUCUUUACGGCUUCAAGCCCACCGCGCACAGGAUGUCCACGAGAGGUCACCAGUCUGCCUUGGCGGGGAUGGAUCUGGUCCCGACGACGUGUGGUCCCCUCGCGCGCUCACUCGACACCUUGGAGUUCUGGCUCGAAGCCAUCACAUCUGAGCCGCGAUUGUGGGGUCUUGACAAUACAGUUGUGCCAAUGCCGUGGCACCCUCAAGACGAACAAUACAACACCCGAAAGCUGAGGAUCGGUGUGAUUAGAGAGACCGAUGGAGUGGUCACCGUCCAUCCCCCGGUCGAUAGAGCUCUGGGCCUGGUGGUUGCGGCCCUGAAAGCCGAUGGCCACGAGGUGUUUGACUGGGAGCCGACAGGGCACAAGGACAUGGGGGAUCUGUUCUUCCAAAACGUCUUCCACCACGGCGAUUCUUUGCACAAACUGUUGACCGAGUCCGGAGAGCCGUUGAUUCCAUCACUGGCCAUGAUCGUGGCCGCACACGAAGCGGGCGUCGGGGGCUUCACCUCGGAAAUGCAACGAAACCUGACCAUACUCCGUGACCGGCUUCGUGACGAGUAUUUCGACCGUUGGGCCGCCACGGCGACAGAGUCGAAGCCGGAAAUGGACGCGAUUCUUUCCCCAAUGUCCCCGUGGGUGAUGCCGCCAUUGAAAGCUUUGGACAGGGCACUCAAUGUGACUUUUACUAAUUAUGUCAAUGUACUGGAUGCCCCCGCCUGCAUUCUUCCCAUCACCUUCGUCGACAAGAAGGUGGAUAAGAAGCGGACCUCAUUCACUCCACUCAACGAGCAAGACACAAUCAUCCAAUCCGACUAUGACCCCGAACUCUACGACGGGGUACCAGUAUCUGUACAGCUCAUGGGGAAAAGGUACCAGGAGGAGCGACUACUUGCGGUGGCCAAGAAGAUUGACCAGUUGGUGAAAGCUCAAAAGGAGGACAGUUGA